UAAACACAUCCUUUGUACAUUACGAAUCAUCUAACAAUUUAUUCUCUCUCAAAUAGAAAUUACGAGCAAUAUUUCGGUGUAGUCGUUUUACCCUUGAACUCAUUCCAUGGCGCGCGGCGAGGCGCCGGCAGCCGGCAGUGUAAACGCGACUUGCAAACGCAACGAACGUCGACAACGCAAUAAUAUUGACACACUUUCGAUCGUUACGACUCAAUACAACAUUUCACAUGUUAUUUUUGACAUCCUAAAUAUUUACUACAAAAUAAAGUGCUAAUAUUUAGGUUAUAAAACUUUUUUUAAUCUGUGGUUUAUGUGAGUGAUUUUAAAAGUGUGAAGCAAAGGUAUUGGCUGUUUGAACUAUUUAUGUGACUUAUAUUAUUCAUGCAUUGUUUAUUAUUCAGCCUAAGCUUCGCUAGUACAAAGUUCAAUGAAAGUAUGACGCUGAGUUUUUUAGAUUGUUAGUAAACAGUCAGUGUUGUUUCUUACUUUAUUCGUGGGUAAAGGGAUAUUAAAAUUAGAACUCGCAUUAAAUAUAUAUUUAAUACCAACGCAUUCUUAAGUUUUAUUGAAAAGUAUUACAAGCCGACAAUGGAGGUGGGAUGGUUGCGAGCCGCGGUUUCUUUGACCGUUAACCGUGGAAAGACAACAUGUUUAAAGAAUGCAUUUUCCCGGUCGUUAUUAUCCUGUGGCCCAGCGGUGAUGAGGGCAGAUAGGAUGGCGCACACGCAGGCCAUACACAGCAAUAUGCUAUACAUCAGUGACGAGCUCAACGCCAAACUCAAAGCAGACCCGAAUACUAUGAAGUUAAACCAAGACAUAAAGAAGCCGCUUUGCAUCAUCAUGAACUGGAUGCAGGCGAAGCCGAGCCACGUGCAGAAGUACGCGGCGCUGUACCUGGAGCAGGGCUUCGACGUCGUCUCCGUGUCCUGCUCGCCGUGGCAGCUCACGUGGCCAGUGAAGGGAUCGCAAGUGAUAGCCGAGAAACUGCUCAAGUUCUUGGAGGUGAACAGCCAGAACCCGCUGAUGCUGCACGGGUUCUCUGUCGGCGCGUACGUCUGGGCAGAGUUACUUGUGCAGGCCGUGCAAAACAAACAGAGGUAUCAGCCAGUGCUAGACCGCAUUGUGUCUCAAGUGUGGGACUCCGCGGCUGACAUCCACGAGAUCCCGGUCGGCUUCCCCACCGCGGUGUUCCCGCGCAACAAGCUGCUGCAGGAAACCUUUCGCGCUUAUAUUAAGUUGCAUAUGAAGGUGUGUCACAACUUGGCGACGAAGCACUACAUGCGAGCUACGGAGGUGUUCCACGCGACGCCGUGCCGGGCCCCGGGCCUGUUCCUGGUCUCCAAGACCGACCCCAUCGGCGCUGAGCACAGGAGCAGGGACGUUUGUGACCACUGGGUCAGGAGCGGGAUGAAGUGCAGUGUAAAAUGCUGGGAAAAGUCUCCUCACGUCCUCCACUACUCCCACCAUCCUGAGGAGUAUAAAGCCGCUGUAUUCUCACACCUCGACCAGUGCGGGCUCCUCAAGAAGAAGUUAUAGUGAAUUUAAUGUUACUUAAAACUCGAGCUUUGCGGUUAAUAUUGAGCGGGGUUGUGAUACAUUGCCGGCGAUGAUUUAUCACUUUUUCUACCAGAGCUGCGCUGGUCUGAGUGGUCUGCAAUGUAUUACACGCUAGAUAUAUUUCGUCUUUUCUUCUCUUCGUUCUUUAGAAUUUAACGUAAUACAAGAAUACAAUUCCUUAGUGCGGGAGUCGUUUAAAAAAUAAAUAAAACAAGACGUCGAGUAUCAAGAGUUGAGUUUGUUAUGACCAAGUUUUCCAUUUUUCUUUUGCAUAUAACUACUCCCGCAUUCAGGAUGUUAAUAUUUGUGCUACAGAAUGUCUCAAACAUUCAAGUCACAUGUACACUCAAAAUAAGCAUUCGUUUAUUACACAAAUGCCAGUCCUGCGCGGGAAUCGAACCUAUGACACAUCGCGUACGGUGGUUUUGGCGUAGUGACCUUGACCACUCGGCCGUGCAAUCAAAUUGAGCAACCGUGUGGUGAUCAAUACUCCUUGCUUACUUUUCAAUAAGGGAAGAGACCACUGCCCAAGAUUUAACAAGAGUUAAUCCCAAUAUCUCGGUUACUUACCCACACUUAAAAAUGUUUUAUAGUUAAGUCGCUUUAAGUGGAGGUUAGUUAUUUUAUAUUUGAUUUGUAUCAACAAGAUCAUACAUUCAUAGUUCAAGCAUUUAUUAGUCAAUAAUAUUUGUCGAACCGUCUCUAGGGAGGGGAAAAGUGGCAACAACAUGUAGAUAAGUGACAUUUCUACAAUCUUCGACAAUGACAGUCUACUUCUUAUGAAAUCGUAUUUUUUAAUAACAAACAGGACACACAUUUGUAUAAAUGUCACACGUACUAUAUUGAUUAAGCAUAUUAUAUGCAUUAAUAUAUACUUGUUUAUAAUAAUAGUAAAAAAAACUCCAAAUAUAAUUAAGUACAUUUAAUUUUUCUUAUACAGUCAAUACAUACUGAUAUAUAUUCUUAAGUUACGUAUAUUGGUAUUUUGACACCAAUGUAAUGUUUUAUGGUGGAACACUGAAAGGUCAAUUACUUUAAGUCGCCGUUAAGGGUGCAUUUCCACUGAUGCGAAGCUAGAAAUGGUGCAAAGUUGACCGUGUAUUAGUCUAAAGAUUUUCAACAAACUAAUAUUGAAAUUUAGAAUUUCUUUUUAUCAAGUUUUGCGAUUGGCCAAUUGACGAUCUGCUUUGCUCCACUCCGCCACAGGUAUAGGAAACGCACCCUAAACCUGACUUGUCUCAAAGUUGUCUUUAGAAUUACUACAUUACUAAAAGAUGAGCGGACGUAUUUGUAAACUGUAACGACAUCGAUUGUAAACUAUAAGUAAUAGACAACUUAUAGACAUACUUAUAAAUUUCUAAAUACAUACAUAUUACUGAUAAAUUGCAGACACAUAAAUUAUAUAUUCGUGUGAUGUUGCUUAUCACACAAAAAAAUAUCUUGGAUGGGAAUCAAACCCACGAUUUGCAGUCAGGUCCACUGACCACUAGACAAACAGGCCUAUUAGUACAUGGCUAUUUGUAAUAUUAAGACGUUACUGACCGCUCUUUCUCUGUGAAUUGACCCUUAGUGUUCGGAGGUACCUACUUACCUAAGAAAGUAAUUAAUAAAUGGUAUUAAUUGUUCCUUUGUUUCUAAGGUUUUGUAUUCAGAUUUAUUAAAAAACUGUACUUAAA